GUCGUGGAGGUGGCUUCGGUUCAGCGGGGCCCAGGCCUGGAAAUCUGCGAGGGUCCCUUGGAGACGAAGCCUCUGCUAGGCCCUGCUCCCGGCGGCAGAGUCCACCCACCACGCCCAAGAGAACCCAGGCGCACGUCGGCACUACUGUGCCCAAACCAUGCCGGUAUCUGACCAGGCGUUCGUGACGCUGGCCACCAACGACAUCUACUGCCAGGGUGCGCUGGUUCUGGGACAGUCACUGAGGAACCAGCGUGCGACCAGGAAGCUGGUGGUGCUUAUCACCCCACAGGUGUCCAGCCUGCUCAGGGUUAUCCUCACGAAGGUGUUUGAUGAGGUAAUUGAGGUGAACCUGAUCGACAGUGCAGACUACAUCCACCUGGCCUUUCUGAAGAGGCCUGAGCUUGGGGUCACCCUCACCAAGCUUCACUGUUGGACCCUCACCCAUUAUAGCAAGUGUGUCUUCCUCGAUGCAGAUACUCUGGUGCUAUCCAAUAUCGAUGAGCUGUUUGAUAGGACAGAGUUUUCUGCAGCCCCCGAUCCCGGAUGGCCGGACUGCUUCAACAGUGGCGUGUUCGUCUUCCAGCCGUCGCUGGAGACCCAUGGCCUCCUGCUGCAGCAUGCCACCGACCACGGCAGCUUUGAUGGGGCAGAUCAAGGCUUAUUGAACAGCUUCUUCAGCAGCUGGUCAACGGCAGAUAUCCACAAGCACUUACCGUUCAUCUAUAACUUGAGCAGUAACAACGCAUACACCUACAGCCCUGCUUUCAAACGAUUCGGUUCAAGUGUGAAGGUAGUCCACUUUUUGGGGCCCACAAAGCCAUGGAACUACAAAUACAACCCCCAGAUGGGCUCGGUGUUGGAGGAGGGCUCCGGGUUGGCCAACCAGCACCAGACGUCCUUCCUUAACCUCUGGUGGAAAAUCUACCAGCACAGCAUCCUGCCUCUUUACGGAAGCUUCCGGGAUGAGGAAGAACACGCAUCUCCAGGACACUCCGCUGGCAUCGGGGAGCCAUGUGCAAAGCCAGCGGUGGGGUCCAGCCACCCUUGGCCUGCUGAGGGCCCUUCAGAGCAGACCAUGGUCACAGACGACACCCCACCCUCACCCGAGGGAUGCCAUUCAGAAGAUACGAUAGGGUGGCCUGAACUUGAGACAUCCGCUGGAGUGAGGUGUGACCCAUUGUCACCACCCUCCCCCCAAUGUGCAGACUCCUCAGGGACCCAGACCACCUCGCAGCCCAUGGAUAAAGGAGAAGGUGACCCAUCUGUGGAAAUCUUGGAACCAAGCCAGGAGCCCCCUGUGGAUGUCACCGGGGACUCCAGUCCUCAGGAUGCUUUGGAGGUUGACCUGGCCAUGUCUGUUUAUGAAAUUUCCAUCGAAGAGAAGGUCAAGGAGCCGAGUCCCGAGGAAGAGAGGAGAAAAUGGGAGGAGGGACGCAUCGAUUACAUGGGGAAGGAUGCAUUCGCCCGCAUCCAGGAGAAGUUGGACCGGUUUCUGCAGUAA